AUGUCUUUGAAAAGUGCAAAGGGAGGAGCAGAGAGUCGACCACCGCCUGCUGCCAGCUCAAAGUCACAGUCCCCUUCGGCCAAAGGGAAGGGCUCUGGCGAGGAGGAGGCUCGACGGCACAGUAAAAGGAGCCUCAGCAACAGCUCAGCAGUGGCCGCUGCCUACAUCGCCUUCCUCAACAAGCUCUUUGGACAGGAGAGGGAGCUGAUGCCAGAGGAGUUAGACGAGCUGCAGGAGGCCUUCAAGGAAUUUGACUACGAUGCAGAUGGCUUCAUCCAUUACAAAGACAUCGCGGACUGCAUGAGGACCAUGGGCUACAUGCCUACAGAGAUGGAGCUCAUCGAGAUCAUCCAGCAAAUCAAAAUGAAAUGGGGCGGCCACGUGGACUUUGAUGAUUUCUGCGAGCUAAUGGGGCCGAGGAUGCUGGCUGAGACGGCUCACAUGGUCGGGCUGAGGGAGCUGCGCUCUGCCUUCAAACAGUUCGACUGUGAUGGCGAUGGAAAGAUCACAUUUGAUGAGCUGAAGGAGGGCAUGAAGACCCUGCUGGGGGAGAAGCUGAAGAAAGGUGAGCUGGAGGAGAUCCUCGGAGACAUUGACCUCAACAAAGAUGGCAACAUUGACUUUGAUGAGUUUGUUAUGAUGCUUUCUGCACGAUGAUCCCUGACGGAAGAAGAUGGAGCAAACAGAACUGGAUCCACAAACUGUGUGCCGAUGUGUUUCGGCUGUCUCCUUCCUGCCAUUGUACAGUAAUUAUUUUGCUGUGUAAUUAUGCAUUUGAAAUGUCUUGACUGUGGAAAAAAAGAAUUGAAUUAAAGAGAUCUGUCGAUGUUUUCUUAAUAAAAGUUGAG